UUUUGUACUGAACUUGGAGACACAAAACUUUUAUCAAAUUUAAAACUAUUUCUUCCUUUUUCGAGAAUUGCGUUUCGUUUUUAUUAUCAAGAAACAUUCGAUUUUGUUGUUUCAUUUUCAAGCAUCGAGCACAGCGGUCUGGGAAGAUUUGGCGAUCCAUUAGAUCCGCUCGGCGAUUUACGUGAGAUGCAAAAAAUGAGGUGCCUGAUGAAGAAAAAUGCUCUGCUGUUUCUCGGAUUACCGAUCGGUGUCGAUAAAGUUUUCUUCAAUGCGCAUCGCUUCUAUGGCAGAAUACGAUUACCAAUGGUGCUUGAAGGUCUGAACUCUUCCCUUUUCUCUAUGAGACAAAGUCUCAAUUAUUUUCAGGAUUUGAAUUAA